AGGCUGGCCUCGAACUCACAGAGAUCUGCCUGCCUCUGCCUCCCGAGUGCUGGUAUUAAAAAGGCUUGUGCCACCACCGCCUGGCCAGAACUGAAUUUAUACCUGGGUUCUGCUUCCCAGUGAAUCCGUCCUUCCUCCCUGUCUUUAGAUGUGCCUUAUUUUCCCGGCACAGUGGAGGAAAGGCGGGGCUGACCAGAUGUCAUCUCCCCGUGCUUUCCUCAGGGUUAACUGGCCAGUUGUCUGGGCUCCAGCCAAUUGUAGUGUGGGACGCCUUCCGUGCCCACACUGCAUGCAGGUGGAGUCACUACCACAGAGGCGAAGGGAUUGCCUGAUGGCCUUGCCUCUCUGCUAAACUCAUCCGUAGGUGGUUUGAUUCAGCCGAGUGGAAAAGGUAGAUUAUCUGUACACAGAGACGAGUGUCCUCUGUGACGCGUCCUUCUCGCUAGUGUCUGCCGCCUGCUGUCUGGCUCCCGUAGGAUACUAUAUAGGUUGUCUCAUGAUCUUUUCUUCUUGGGGGGCGGGGGCUGAUGUCAGGGUUGGGGAGAAGGCAGGAGCCGCAGAGUCAGCAGCAGCCCUGAGACUUGGCGAGCUGGAGCUGAGGGAAGAAUGGCAAGACGAGGAGUUUCCCAGAUUGCUUCCUGAGGAGGCUGGCUCAGCUGGAGAUCCCGAGGACCCUCAGAGAGACUCACAGGCCGCCACAGGUACCCCCAGCACGCUGGCCCUGUGUGGCCAGCGUCCUAUGCGGAAGCGUCUCUCUGCCCCAGAAUUGCAGCUGAAUCUGACUGAGGGAAGAGGAAAAACCGGAGCUUCUCCCACCCAUUCCGAAUCUUCCUCUUCGGAUGGCAGCUUAGACCUGGAGGUGGAUGAACUGGAGACGCCGUCUGACUCCGAGCACCUUGACAGUGGACAUGAAUUUGAAUGGGAAGAUGAUUUGCCUCGGGCUGAAGGCCUGGGGGCCAGUGAGGCAGCUGAGAGGCUGGGCCGGGGUUGUGUGUGGGAUGUGGCUGGAGAAGACGGCCAUCGCUGGAGAGUGUUCCGGACAGGACAGCGAGAGCAGCGAGUGGACAUGACCGUCAUUGAGCCCUAUAGGAAAGUGCUGUCUCACGGAGGUUACCAUGGUGAUGGCCUCAAUGCUGUCAUUCUCUUUGCUUCCUGCUAUCUACCCCCAAGCAGCGUUCCCAACUACACCUAUGUCAUGGAACACUUGUUCAGGUAUAUGGUGGGAACUCUGGAACUGCUGGUAGCUGAAAAUUAUCUGCUCGUUCACUUGAGUGGAGGCACACGCAGGUCCCAGGUACCGCCUCUGAGCUGGAUACGCCAGUGUUACCGCACCUUGGACAGGAGGCUUCGGAAAAACCUUCGAGCCCUGGUGGUUGUCCACGCUACAUGGUAUGUGAAGGCGUUCCUGGCACUGGUUCGGCCUUUUAUCAGUUCCAAGUUCACACGAAAGAUCCGAUUUCUGGACAGCCUUGGGGAGCUGGCUCAACUCAUCUCCCUAGAUCAAGUCCACAUCCCUGAAGUUGUCAGACAGCUGGACCAGGAUCUCCAUGGCUCAAAAGGCACCUAACACAAAACUGGACAAGGGGCCGUAGACUCAGGCCAAGAUGGUGAUUGCUCUGCAUGCUGGAGCUGUUAACUGUAAAUCAUCUCAUCCUGACCCCCCAAGUUCCACUGGAUCCCCACUUCUGGACACUGCCUUCAAGCUGGGAUUUGAGGGUGGGAACCCUAUAUGUGGGGUGACUUGCAUUUUGUCUUCCAAAAGGAAGACCAAGUGUGGUAUUGGAAGGGCAGGGCUCUGGGUUUUAAUUCUGCUUUAGCUAUAAAACAUGUGGGUCUCAUAUUCCUUCUUUGUAAUCAAAACCUCUGGGAUCCUUCCCAGCUGGUUGUCUUAGGAGCCUUUUGAGGGGAGGUGGAGGGAAGGUGAGGGUUUAACCAACAACCACAGCCCGCCUGUCUGCUGGGAGCCCAGGAGCCUGCUUGCAGACUCUUGAAGAGCCAACCCUCUGCUCCUGUGAUCCUGGGAAGAAUUGCUGCCAAAUCUGGCGUUUUCACCCUUGUUAGUAAAUUCAGACCUGUGGCCUUUAAUAAACUGUGAUGAGAAAUUUAA